UGAUAACAUGUGUUGUGAUUCUAAAUAAGUUCAUUACAGAUGAUCUAUGACCAUGACGUCGAGAGGCACCACACCCAUAAUUUGGUACCUCCUCAGUCAUCCUUGUUGAACAGGAUUAAAUCAUCUACCAAAAUGAAGAAGCACCUGAGGGUGUCGCGGCAGGUCGGUUUUUGAGCGUGUCGUGGUAAGAGACCGAUUGGAUACUUUGUGGUUUUGAAUAUCGUUGUUAUAUUCGAAGCUCUCUUGGAAAUUGUUGCAAGAAAAACGCAGCAUCGCCUCUUCGAGAGCAUGCAGCAUCUCGUGAAAAUUUUGUGACUGGUAGAUGCUCGUUGUUUCGUGUAUAAUUUGUUGAUAUUCCGUUCUUGUUUACAGAACUCCUUCCACUUGUUGGUUUUUCUUCGAUUUUUUUUCGAUCUAGCAUUAGAAUGAGUUACAUUUGGUAAAAAAGUGCGUCGUCGUCGUUACACUAUACAAUAUUCAGUCAAGCAGAUCUCAUUGUUUUCGCGUUCGCAUCGAAUUUGUUUCGUCCACCAUCAGCGAAUUGCGUCGUUAUAAAGUUUUGUAGUUCAUCACCUGAUAUUUGAAUGUAGAAUAGAGCGUGAGCGUUUGAGUUUCCAAGAGAUACAAAAGCAACUUCAUAACUCCAUGGAUUAGCAACCCUCGUUCUUCAGGGAGUCUUUACCUCCCUCGACUGCUCGUGCUAAUGUGCAGCUGGUUUAGAAGUUCCUCCGCGUUUUAGGGGAACGAAGUGCUGUGGACGCAGAGUCGUGCUGCAAGAUGUACACUUUCUGGACGACGCCGACUACGCAGAGCUGUCCCGGUCCACGGGCAGCACACAGCUGCGAUGUCAUCGAUAUGAAAUUGUACUAAUUUUUUUCAUUGUUUUCCUUUGGGGUUUAGGAAUCCAUAACCUGACCUAACCUAGCCUCCCUUUCCAUCGAAUAUUCUUAAACAAACUGUAAGGAAUAUCAUAAGUAACUAGAUGUUCAAUUGCGGAUCACUGCUUGCAGCAUUGUUCAGAGGUUCACUCAGUACUUGUAGUAUUAACAUGUCGUUGUCGACCUUAUUUUUUUUUUGAGUUCGGACUAUAUGCCGCCACCCUUUCAAACAAUCAUCUAACUCGUUCAACUGUUGCCUGUCACACAAAUUACAUACUGGGGCUGCAUAGGACCUUAAUGUACCAUUUCCCCACUAACCCCCUCAGAUACGUAUUCGGCGGUUGGAACGGGAAAAAGGCCUUGAACGACUUGAACAUCCUUUCAGUAUCCAAUCAUCACUGGACUGAAGUUUUGCCGAACACCGAUGCCCCGUCAGCAAGAAAUAAUCACUCCACGGCAGUAGUGGACCAAAAAUUAAUGGUGCAUGGCGGUCACGAUGGAAACAAAUGGUUGGCGGAUAUGUAUGUGCUAGACACAAAUGUGGAUGGGCAGUAUGACAAACUUAAGUGGAACAAAGCAAACACGAGUGGUCAACCACCAGCAGCGAGGGCGUGUCAUACGUUGACAAGGCUAGGAUGGAAAUUGUAUUUAAGACAUAGAAGUUUUUGAUGCAAUCAAUGCUAUAUUUUUCUGAAAUCAGAAACGCUUUCCUGUACUAGAAGUUUCGAACUCAUUUCAGACACUCAACACCAGCUUAAAUAUCUUUCUCUCGACGUCAUCAUCUUUCUCUCGACCACGUCAUUCCAAAGGUCGUCGUCUUUCUUCCAUCAUGCCAUAGGUACAUGUUCGGCGGCUAUGAUGGCACGAAGUGUUUUAAUGACAUGGACAUUCUCGACUUAGAGACCUUGACGUGGAUGCAUCCUACGCUUUCCGGCACACUACCGCAAGCUAGGAAUGCGCAUACCAUGACAGUAAUUGGUGUCCACCUCUACCUCUUCGGCGGUCAUAGCGGUAACAAACACUUGACGGACUUGCACAUCUUCGACACAACGAAACUGCAGUGGUCACAACCGGAAAUAUUAGGCACCCCUCCUCCGGGAUUGAGGGGGCAUACAGCGACCUUGAUCGGGCAUAAAAUCCUGUUGUUUGGAGGCUACGACGGGAAGGGCAGGACGAACGAGCUUUACAUACUUUUAUGAGGAUGAUGAAGAAACUACUCCUGAGCAUCAUUUUUUUUUUGAGAUGUUUCUUUCAUCUGGUGUUGUUAUCUGAACAAGAUUGGCUACUUACGACAAGUAAAUUAUACCGAUACCCACAGUAGAAUUCCUUUUCCCAACAACUAAGCCGAAACCGCUGCUCUAACCCAAGACGCUCAGGAGCGAAAGUGGCUGAGGCCAACGUGGCCGUCAGAGAGUCCGCAGACGCCGCCAGGGAGGCAGAGACACUCAGCCUCACUCAUAGGAAGCAAGAGGAUAUACAUCUUCGGUGGUUUUGAUGGCAAUAGGUGGCUUCAGGAUUUGCAUGUGCUGGACGUAGGCAGGAUGGAGGAGAAUGAUUUGGAAACGACAAGCGUUCAUACGCUAAUACAGAAUUUGAAGGGGGUACUGCUAACACUAUUUUUAAGAGAAUUUUUCUUGGUGGACUAUUUCAAGUUGAGAGGAUUUGCUUUUAUUACUUAGACUUGUUCUUGUUUUUCUUCACAUGUUUGUUCUACGACUUCACACGUUGAGACAGACCACGGUUUCGAUUUUUACAACGAGGAAGCGACAUCACCACUUUACAGCUGCUGAACAAUGCGGAGUUUAGCGACGUGACGUUUACGGUCCAGGGCAGAAAAAUACACGCGCAUAGGGCGAUAUUAGUAGCGCAGUGUCCGCAUUUCAAAGCCCUUUUCUCAGCAGGGAUGAAGGAAAGUACAACAGGCUUACUUUGAUACUUUUGAAGUAGUGGUUUAAGAGUGAAUGCAUAUGAUAAGAUGAAGCUGAUUCCCAACCCCUGAAGCAGAAUCUCACUUCUCAGACCACUAAAUCUCUUGACCUAUCAUGAGGAUAUAAUACCUAUCAUGACUUCUUACCAGGUAUAGAAAAGGAGAUAAUAAUCGAAGGAUGGGGAGAAGUGGCUUUUUUGGCAUUGCUUGAGUGGAUAUAUACAGGCAGAGUGCCACAAGAUUUGCCAGUGCAGCACAUGACAGAAGUCCUCGGACUAGCAGACCAGUACUAAAAUGACGCUUUGGAACAAGAAGUUGUUAGCUCUUCAUGAAGAUGAUCCUUCAUUUUCGGUUCUUUCUUGAAUCAACUUUUACUCAGUAAGGAUGGAUCUCUACUUAUUUUGCCCCGAAAGUCUACUCUUUUUCAAGAGUUACAGCUACGAUGGUGGUGCUCGCUAGUAGCUUGCACCACCGGCUCCUUCAUAAUUCUUGUGGAGUCGUGGCUAGUCUUUUGGGGCUACAACAAGAUUCAUUCGUGGCAAUUCUAAUGCAGGCAUGGCCGACGCGCAGUUCGCGUCCUCUAUGGUCUAUGCUCUGUUUCGCUGUUGCCUUACACUUCCGUAUCGAUAAGGAUUUCGAUUUAUAUUAAAUAAAUAACUACUUCUGCGAUAACGAUCAAUUAUCAAUCAAAUCAAGGUACACUCUCGAUUCUCUGCAGCAUGUUUGUGAAAAUAUUUUGAUCCAUGACGUGGAGAUCGAGAACUGCUGCCAUCUUCUGAAGAUCGCGGACCGACAUUUGGCGCACAACCUGAAAAAACACUGUAUGUCAUACUUGCUCAAGCAUUUUGAGGCUGUAGCUAAGACGGUGUCAUUUGAAGAACUGUCUUCCGUCCCGUCGUUGCUGCUUGAAGUUACUCGCGCCGCGGCACAGCAAGGUCCACGCAGCAUAAACAUGGGCGGAGAAAGUGGGACGUCGUGAGGAUGGGAUGCUACUAAAUAAUAUGGCUAGUACUAACAGCACUUAGCUUGAUGCUUCAAUCUAGACGAAACGAAUCUGAUACAAUGUUCUAUCGUGAUACACACCUAAGAUUAACCAGUUAGGAUGCGAAUCUUCAACGAAUCUGAUACAACCUAAGAAUCUUCAAAACGAAUCUGAUACUCGAGAUUGUGAUGCUAAAAAGGUGAAUCUUCGAUACAAAGUUGGAUUAAGUGAUUUUUUGUAGAUUAGUGCUAUUCGUCACGACCACGCGGCACGAGGUCGUACAUUGGCAUGUGCCGGUGUAGUAAAUGUGCUAAAUCAUAGGGCUUUGUACGCGCCUAGGUUGGCAACGCACAUCGAAAUGAAUGGAGCUUUAGUAGAAUCCAGUUUGCUAGACCUCUUUAGAUCAUAUCCCACACCAGCGCUGAUGUGACUUUCCCCGUUUAUUCUCCCCAAGCAGAUGUAUGACGCAUCAUCUCGUUGCGCUGUAGUCCAGAUAGCCCCUCCUAUCAAGACUUGGAACUCAUUGCUUUUCGAGCCAUCCGAAAAAGUGGUGACUCGAAAGAGAAAUUUAGUGCUAAAGAAUUCAACGGAAGCAAAAAGAAAGAAGAGGUAAAAAAGAACACAAACAAGGUUAGUUUCUAUCCGUACGGCAGUUGGUAUGAUAAAGGACGAUGCCCGAAGUGUUCUUGGAUAGGCGAUGGGAAUGAGUCGAGCUCUCACACCAAGGACGAUCUCCUGCAUGUUCUUUUC